AUGAGACCUCCCGGCGGAAGCAGCAACGUUCGUCGGCAACCGAAAGAGUCGGCCUACUUACCACCAACUCCACUAAACAGCCACCGUGACUCUGACGCGAGUUUAGCCAGUAGCCGUCCAUCCUCCGUCGGAAUCCAUUCUCUCGACGUUUACAAAGACCGUUCGUACCAACAGAACGCAACCGCAACCAUCAAUUCAUUCCUGGCCUCUCAGGAUUUGAAUGUCUCUUUCAAACCUUUUUCCUCUCCUUCCGCCAAACACAUUCACCAAACCCUAAUCUUCCUCGUCGGACUCCUCGAUUUCAAUAUUAACAAAAUAGAAGAUCUUCCGCCACUUCUCAAAUUCAUGAAUUACCCUCACAAACUCAAUAAAUCUGUUCUCAAAUCCCCCGCUGCACCUCAUCAAUGGCCUUCCAUUCUCGCCCUCAUUCAUUGGCUUGUUCAGUCUUGUCAAAUUCAUCUCUCUUUUUCUUCUCCCUCCCACACCACCACUCUCCAAACCAACAACAUCGUCUUCCAGUAUUCUCUCAACGCUUAUCUAAAUUUCAUUAGAGGUGACGAUGAAGCCAUCUCCGAACUCGACCACGAAAUCCGCACCAGGAUUCUCCGUGAGAAGUCUAACGCUGACAAGACCCUUGCUGCCGCCGAACAAAAGGUCUCUGAAUUGGAGGCUCAAUUGGAGGGAUUGAGGUCUGCUCCUUCUCAGAAGGAUUUACUCGACAAAGAGAAGGAAAUGCUUCAAGGUGAUGUCAUUAAGUUUCACAAGAUUAUUGACGAGUUUGGGUUGCGGAUUGAGUCGAAAGAGAGGGAUUUGGUGGAGAAGGAGAAACAGUUGCAGGCUAAGGCCGUGGAGAGCGACAACAUAUGUCAAGAGAAUAAAAUGCUAAAGAAGAAGGUGGAGUCACAGCCUUUCAAUACUAGGGACGUUGAGAGGAUGAAAAGAGAGUUGCAGGCUGCUGAGAGGGAUGCUGGAGAGGCUGAACUUGCUAGGAAUGAUUGGGAGGAAAAGUGUUGGGAGCUUGACCGUACUCUCGCAAAUAACAUCAGAGACUUAGAACCUAUCACCAGGGAUUGCAACCAAGCCCUUAAGAGGUUGAAGAUUGGUAAUGACAUUCAAUAUGUGUUGAAUCCCAAGGGAACCACGCCUGCUGAGAUCAUGGGUAUUGAUUACAAAGUCACGCUGAAGCCUGCACUUAACUCAUUUGCAGAUGACAUCAAGAAAAGUACUGUGCUGAAAUUGGAAGAGGUGAUUGCUCUUCAACAAAAGUCCAAUGAAAGUGCUGCUAAGAUUGAGGGGAAAAGAAAUCAGCUUUCUGCACUACAGUUGCACAUCGAUCAACUGGAAACUCAAAUGAACUUGAUAAAGAAGGAAACUCAGGACUACACAAGUAGAUGUGCCGCUGAAGCUAAGAACAUGACGGAGGAUAUCCAGCUAGCAGAUCAUGAUAUGGGUAUUAUGGAAAGAGAGUCAGCUGAGAUUUUAAAGGCAUCUGAAUUGAAAUUGGAGGAAACGAACAGACAAUGUGAAGAAGAGGUUCAAAUGCAUGGUCUAGAACUCUAUAAGGUGAUUGACUCAGUCACCAAAUACAAAGAACAGUUGGGAUCUAAAGUCUCAAAGAUUAAAAGGGAACUCUUGGAAACUGUAACCGAAGUCGCAAAUAUAUAUAGAGAGGCAUUCCCAGAAAAAUAUAGUUACAUAUUGGAGGCAUGUAGCCAGAUUGAGAAAAUUGAAUGA